UGGGACUCUCGCUACAAAUCUCCCAAAAAACUCAAUAUCGAGGUUUCCUUUCAAACAAACCCUAUCGACCCCCUCUAGUUUACACACCAUACCAGUCCCUUCCUUCCACCUCCCGCUCCCGCUAGGGUUUUAUCAUACAUAGCGUAAACUGUGCGUAGUCUUCUUGGAUUUGGUUUCGUUUUUUUGAUUACAUCUAGAGAUUAUCAUCUGGAUUGGUUUAUGUAAAUAUGGAGAGAUCUGAUAGCAAAGAUUUCAAGGACCUCACUGGAGGUCCAUCAGAUGCACUCUUUGACGCAUCACAGUAUGCAUUUUUUGGGCAAGAUGCUGUGGAAGAAGUUGAUUUGGGAGGUCUGGAUGAUGAUGGGGAUGAUCCUGUGUUCGGAUCUAUCAAUAAUGAUGAUUACCAUUUGUUUGAUAAAGAUGAGGAUUUGGGUAUCGGAUCAUUAUCUGAUGUGGAUGAUCUAGCGGCUACAUAUGCAAAGUUAAACAGUGUUGUCACGGGGCCAAGAGAUCCUAGAGUUUUUGGCAAUAGAGGUUCUGGAUCGUUUUCAGGAGAAAGUUCAUCUGCCACUGAUUGGGUUCAAGAUGGAGAACUUGGAAGCUGGUUGGAUCAGAAAAUGCCUUGUAUAGGAGAUGCACUGGAGCUCAAUAGAUGGCCAUCACAGCCGCAACCUUCCUCUACCCAUUUCAGUGAAUCGAAGCCUCUGUACAGAACUUCCUCGUAUCCGCAGCAGCCACCGCAGCCACCCCAGCUGCAUCAUUACACAAGUGAACCGGUUCUCAUAUCGAAAUCAAAUUUCACAUCUUUCCCUCCUCCUGGUGGCAGAUCUCAGCAAGCUUCACCACAGCACCCGAAUAUUUCUUCCCUUUCUGGUGGAUCAGGGUCACCCUUCUCUGCUCCAAACUUCUCUCCAUUUUCCCUCUCUAACUCUCAUCUGUCUGGUUUACAUCAUGGGUUGGACUAUGGUGGAAAUCUCCCCCAGUACAGCUCUCCUGAACUUCUGUUUAAUAGCAGGGCACAAAACCAUUGGCUUAACCACAGUGGCCUAUUACAUGGAGAUCAGUCCAGCCUCUUACAUAAUAUAUUGCCACAGCAAUUAUCUCGCCAUAAUGGCGUAUUUUCAUCGCAGCAGCAGCAACAACAGAGACUGCAUGCUUCACUUCAACCAUCUUUGGCACAUUUGGCAGGAGUGCAAUCCCAACUUUAUCAGUCCCAUCCUGCACCAACAAAUAGAAUGACGUUUGGUUUGGUGCAAUUCAGGUCCAAGUAUAUGACGACUGAUGAGAUAGAGAGUAUUCUUAGAGUGCAGCAUGCUGCCACUCAUAGCAGUGACCCAUAUACCGAGGAUUAUUACCACCAAGCUCGUCUUGCUAAAAAAUCUGCUGGGUCCAGGAUAAAGCACCAUUUCUCCCCAUUUCACCUGAAGGAACUUCCCUCUCAGGGCCGUAACAGUGCAGAACAGCAUCCUCGUGCACAGGCUGAUGUACUUGGGAGGAUUCCCUUGACUUCCAUUCGCAGGCCUCGUCCCCUUCUUGAAGUUGACCAUCCACCCUCUGGUUCUGGUACUGGAAGUUCUGAGCUAGGAGUCUCUGAGAAGCCUCUGGAACAGGAACCAAUGCUUGCAGCUAGAAUCACUAUUGAACAUGACCUUUGCCUACUUCUUGAUAUAGAUGAUAUUGACAGGUUCUUGCAAUUUAGCCAGCAACAAGAUGGUGGGGCCCAGCUACGGCAUCGGCGGGAGAUGCUGCUGGAAGAGUUGGCUGCAUCACUUCAGCUUGUUGAUCAACUUGGCAACAGUGGCCACACUGUUGCCCUAGGCCCCAAGGAUGACAUUGUGUUUCUACGAAUAGUCUCUCUCUCAAAGGGAAGAAAGCUUAUCAAUAGGUUUCUCCAGCUUCUCUUUCCUGGUAGUGAACUCACCCGAAUUGUUUGUAUGGGCAUUUUCCGUCAUUUGAGAUUUUUGUUUGGCAGUCUUCCUUCAGAUUUGGGAGCAGCUGAGACUACUAAUAAUCUGGCCGAGACAGUUUCUGUUUGUAUCAAUGGCAUGGAUCUUUGUGCACUUAAUGCUUGUCUAGUCGCAGUUGUUUGUACAACAGAGCAGCCGCUGUUGCGCCCCCUUGGAAGCCCUGCUGGGGAUGGGGCCUCUGUUAUUUUAAAGUCUCUACUUGAUCGGGCGACUAAGUUGUUAUCUGAUCCUCAGGCUCCCGGCACCUGUAGCUUGUCAAAUCGGUCCCUCUGGCAGGCAUCAUUUGACAAAUUUUUUGAUAUCCUUGCUAAGUAUUGUGUGAGUAAAUAUGAAACUAUAUUGCAAUCAGUCUAUGCUCAAAACGAGCCAAGUGCAGAGGCUAUUGGUUCAGAAUUAACGAGUGCAAUAAGUGAUGAAAUGCCUGUUGAUCUCCUGCGAUCAAGUCUGCCACACACAAAUGAAAGCCAGCGGAAGCUUCUAUUAGAUUUUGCUCAGAGAUCCAUGCCCAUUAGUGGAUUCCAUACUCAUUCUGGGACAAGUGACCAAAUAAACUCUGAGUCAGUGAGAAGUUAAGAAAGAAGCAAAGGUUAUGUGAAAGCCAUACAGUGAUGCAAAUGGUAUUUGCUAUCCUCUUCUAUGGAUGGGGAAAAGGUGAGGUUGCCCAUGAAUGGAUAUACUUUGUUGGGGGUAGAUGCAAAGUCAUAUCCAUAAUGCAAGUCAGUUUUGAGUCCUCAGUUAAUCAGUUUAGUUUGUUUAAUUACAGUCUCUUUUACCAUCUUAAUUAGAAUUCUUAAAUCUUGCUGCUCUUUCUGAUGAUAUAUAGUGUUUUUCUUGAACGUGUAUCAUGAUGGGAGUUGAUGACCAGAAGUUUUCAAUCUGGUGAGCUUUAUUUUGGUGCUCUUUGUUGAAACUCCAGACAACUGGAAGUGGAAGGAUACGGGAUAGCAUGUACAGGAUUGCCCUAAAGAACAUUUAGGAUUCCUCCUUUUUGUGUUCCUCCUUUUUAUUCCUCCUAGUUCAUUGCGGGGCAGUAGUGAAUUGUGAUUUUUUCUUUGAAGGUUUCGUUUUAGUCGUGUAUGUGUUUUGAGUCUUGUAAUUCUGGGAACAACCCUUCCUUUUAAGGUGGUUCUCUAAUAAUUAAUCAUUAUGUAAUAAUUUUUGCAUUUUUGAAGCAUAUGGAUUCUCUUAGAUAAUGUACUGGUUAUAUUCCAUGUUGA